AAAAUUGGGUCCUUUGUCUUUUGCACUUUUUGGCCCUUCACUUUUCACACAGUCAUAAGUCAUUUGAUCUUUUGCCGACUUUUCAAAUUACUUUCUUCAUUUUUUUCUCUUUAAUCUCUUCCUUGAUAUUAUUAUUGUUGUACUUGAUCACCAAAAAAAAAAAAAAAAAGACUUUGUUGAAGUAUACAUUUUUUUUGCUUAUGGGUACUUCAGAAAUCUUGAUUUCUAUGUAAAGAAUCUGUUUUUGGUUUCUGGGUCGGUAUAAUUUUGUGUUUUGUUAAGUGGGGUUGGCUUAGUUUUCUUUAAUAUUGAUUGGUUUGUUGAGAAUUGCAGAAAUCUUGAAGUAAUUUGGACCCAAUUUUACAUAUUACAACUUUCAAAUUCUAGUGUUUGUGAAUUUGAAGUUUGAUUUUGGAACUUGUAUGUAUGAUCUUGUCGAUUUGUAAUUAGGAUCAAGAAAUGAAGAGUAAGGGUGAAGAGAAAUUAAUGGGACCUAUGUUUCCAAGACUUCAUGUUAAUGAUAAAGAAAAAGGAGGUCCAAGAGCACCACCAAGGAACAAAAUGGCACUUUAUGAGCAGCUUAGUAUUCCUUCACAAAGAUUCAAACAUGGGAUUUCAAGUAAUCCCAAAAAUGCAAAUUGCCAGGGAAAUGGACUUGAAAGAGAUGCUUUUUUCUCAGUACAACUUCCUCCAUCAACACAUCCUGCUGAAAAGCCACAUUCCUGCAGUUCAAAUUCAAAAACUUCAUUGCUGCCAGUUGAGUCUAACAACAAAACAGAAGAGGAUGACUUUAGAGUUCCUGUUUUUAUUAACUCCAAGGUGGGUCAAGGAAAUGGAAAGUUUUAUAGUACUCUGGAUAGUAGAAAGCUCUCUGCCUCUACUGCAGUACUUUUGGGGCAUUCUAGAAAAGACUUGAAUGAAGAGAACUCCAAACAGCUUUCUGUAAGCAGAGAGCAUUCUUGUAACUCUGUUAGGGUUGUUGAUAAUGGUGAUUCUUCUCUUCUUAUGAAUAAUGUUGCAUCAAAAGAGCAGAUGAUUCCUGAUAAUAAUCAUAUUAAUGAUACGAAAUCGAAGGAAGACAAGGCAUCUGAAUCAUUACAAACAAGAAUUGUGGACCAGGGUGAUGAUUUAUCGGAGACUUCCAUGGUGGAAUCUAUAUCUGGAAUGUACAUAUCACCCGACGAUGUUGUUGGAAUAAUAGGGCAAAAACAUUUCUGGAAUGCCAGAAGAGCUAUUUCCAACCAGCAAAGAGCGUUUGCAGUACAAGUUUUUGAGUUGCAUCGGCUAAUAAAGGUCCAGAAACUCAUAGCUGGUUCACAAAGCAUGCCUGACGAUAUUACUUAUUUAGGCAAACCUGUAAAGGGUUCAUCUGCUAAAAGACUUCCGUUGGAUUAUAUUAUAAGAGAUGGUCACAAUGUUUCGAAGCAGAGGAAUGAUUCUGAGAAGCCUAACAUUAGGAUGGAAUGUUCUGCUGAAAACACGGUAGGCAAACCUGUAAAGGAUUCAUCUGCUAAAAAACUUCCAUUGGAGUAUAUUGUCAGAGAUGGUCACAAUAUUUUGAAGCAGAGGAAGGAUUCUGAGAACCCUAAUACUAAGAUGGAAUGUUCUGCUGAAAACACGGUAGGCAAACCUGCAAACGAUUCAUCUGCUAGAAGGCUUCCAUCAGAGUAUAUUGUCAGUGAUAGUCGUAAUAUGUCGAAGCAGAGGAAUGAUUCUGAGAAGCCUAAUGUUAGGAUGGAAUGUUCUGCUGAAAACACAGUGGGAAAGAUAUCCUUCUCUUCUGUACAAAACAGUCCAUUUUUAGGUCACCCAGUGACAAUUGACUCCACUAUGGGUCCCUGGAGCUUCAAUCAACCCUCGAGUCACCAAUGGUUGAUCCCAGUCAUGUCCCCUUCUGAAGGACUCGUAUACAAGCCAUAUCCGGGACCCGGUGUCACGAGUUCAGCCUGUGGAGGUUAUGGACCUCCGGGAUCUUAUGGAGUUCCAGCUUCUCAUCAUCAGUAUCAGGGGGUCGGAAUGCCUUUUGCGGCUCCAGCGGGUCCCGCCUACUUUCCUCAGUAUGGCAUGCCAGCUGUCGAUGAAUCAAACCAGUUUGCUGCUCAUGGUCAGUUAUCUGGAGGAGGAGCUAGCUUUUAUGUUCAACGUCAGACCUCGAGUAACGUGCCAAGCAUUAGGAAUGGAACUGCCAGCACUGCAAGCAGUCCAAGUGGAACAACUAACAGAACAGUUGUGGAUAAUGCCACGAAAGGAAGAAAUGUGCUUCCUCUGUUCCCAACUUCUCCAGCUACCGAGAACCCGGAUAGUAGCCCCCAACCUCGUGUUGCUAGUCACCCUGCUAGAGUCAUCAAAGUCGUACCUCGUAAUGCAAUGUCUGCUACAGAGUCUGCUGCUCGGAUUUUUCAGUCUAUACAAGAGGAGAGAAAACAGUAUGACUCUGGUUUUACUCAUCUAUAGGCUGUAAUUACUGAGUUGUUAAUGUGACCAUUAGCUCAUCAUACGAUGUGUUUCUGGUCAAUAUCUUGUAACCUUUUAGAUAGCAGAUGUUGUAACUGUCUGUAUUUGGUAAGUGAGCCAUUUUGUAGAUAUUAUGUCACUGUUUAAAUGAUUUUUCUUCCUGGUGUUGUAUACCGAAAGUGAGCAUAGUUAUUAAGUCCUCAUAUGAGUUAUAAUU